UCGAUCUUCCACUUUCAAAUUCCUCUCUCUCUCUCUCUCUCUCUCUCUGCAUUUUGCUUCGUCCAUGGCGGCCACCAACACCUUCCUCACCACGCCCACCAAGACUCCCUCUUCUCAGUCCGCUCACCCCAAGCGAUCCCUCCACAACACCAACCCCAACCCCCUCGACCCGUCCUCCUCCUCCGCCGCCUCCUCCCGCUUCGAGGCCUACAACCGCCUGCAGGCGGCCGCCGUCGCGUUCGGCGAGAAGCUCCCCAUCCCGGAGAUAGUCGCCCUGGGCGGCCAGUCCGACGGCAAGAGCUCGCUCCUCGAGGCUCUGCUCGGGUUCCGGUUCAAUGUCCGCGAGGUCGAGAUGGGAACCCGCAGGCCCCUGAUUAUGCAAAUGGUGCAUGAUCCCUCGGCGCUCGAGCCGCGUUGCCGAUUCCAGGAGGAGGAUUCUGAAGAAUACGGAAGCCCAGUUGUUUCAUCAUCUACUAUCGCAGACAUCAUAAAAUCUCGAACAGAAGCAAUUUUGAAGAAGACCAAGACCGCGGUAUCAUCUAAGCCAAUCGUGAUGAGAGCUGAAUAUGCUCAUUGUCCAAAUCUCACAAUUAUUGACACCCCUGGUUUUGUUCUUAAGGCAAAGAAGGGAGAGCCGGAUAACACCCCUGAUGAGAUUCUUCAAAUGGUUAAGUCAUUGGCUAGUCCUCCUCAUAGAAUUCUUGUGUUCCUUCAACAAAGUAGUGUUGAAUGGUGUUCAUCAUUGUGGUUGGAUGCAAUUCGUGAAAUUGACCCAUCUUUUAGAAGGACAGUGAUUGUUGUCUCAAAAUUUGAUAAUCGUCUCAAGGAGUUUAGUGACCGGUGGGAGGUGGACCGAUAUUUGAGUGCCAGUGGAUAUCUUGGAGAAAAUACGCGUCCAUUUUUUGUUGCCCUGCCAAAGGAUAGGACCACCGUUUCAAAUGAGGAAUUUCGUCGGCAAAUAUCCCAAGUGGAUGAAGGGGUCUUGCGUCAUUUACGUGAAGGCAUCAAGGGAGGAUUUGAUGAAGAAAAGUUCAAGACCCACAUUGGGUUUGGUUGUUUGAGAGAGUUCUUGGAAUUUGAGCUUCAGAAGAGAUACAAAGAAGCCACGCCUGCAACCCUAGCUUUGCUUGAGCAGCGUUGCAAUGAAGUUACGAGUGAUCUAGCCAGGAUGGACUCAAAGAUACAAGCAACUUCCGAUGUCACUCAUCUGAGGAGGUCUGCAAUGAUAUAUGCUGCUUCUAUCAGCAAUCAUGUGGGAGCUUUGCUUGAUGGAGCAGCAGAUCCUGCACCAGAGCAAUGGGGCAAAACAACCAUUGAGGAGCAGUCACAGAGUGGUGUGGGAAGUUGGCCUGGUGUCACUGCAGAUGUCAGACCUGCCAAUGCUAAUCUCCGGCUCUACGGAGGAGCUGCCUUUGAGAGGGUCAUGCAUGAAUUCAGAUGUGCUGCCUAUUCGAUUGAAUGCCCUCCAUUGUCAAGGGAGAAGGUGGCGAAUAUAUUGCUCGCCCAUGCUGGACGAGGCAGAGGCAGAGGACUGACAGAAGCAGCUGCAGAGAUUGCUCGUGCUGCUGCUCGCUCAUGGCUUGCUCCUAUGCUGGAAACUGCUUGUGAACGGCUUGCCUUUGUUUUAUUGAAUCUGUUUGAUAUUGCUCUCGAGAGAAAUCACGGCUGUGACUCAGACUCAGGUAGUGGGAAAGAUGGAAAUAUGGAGGGAUAUGUUGGCUUCCAUGCUGCUUUAAGGCAUGCUUACUAUCGCUUCAUAAAGGAUAUUUCUAAACAGUGCAAGGAAUUAGUUCAACAUCACCUCGAUUCAGUUACAAGCUCAUAUUCAGAGGUCUGUUAUGAAAAUGACUUCCAAUGUGGCUUUGGCUCGAGUGGGACGUCAUUUUCUAAACUAAACCAAAGUUCAGUUUCACUAUUUCUUGAGUUGUCUGAAAAAGGGGCAGCACCCCAUGAUGAGACAAUGAGAGAUCAAGAGAACAUACCUCUUGAAAAGAGCACAUUAGAAAUCACCCCAGGGAAAGGCGCGGAUGGGAGAGAAGCUCUUCGAGAAUGCCAAAUGACCAUUCCUGAAACUCCAUCACCUGAUCAACCAUGUGAUAUGGCCAUUAAUGUGGUCAAGAAGGAAGUGGGAAACUAUGUAGAGGCUGGGCCAAGAAAACGAAAUUCAAGAAUAACAGGCAAUAGCAGACAUAUGGAGCACUUAAGAGUUCAAAAUGGAGGAAUUUUAUUUGGCAAUGGUGAUGCAGGUUCAAGACCAGGCUCAGCUUACUCUGAAAUCUGUUUGUCUGCUGCCCAGCAUUUUGCACGGAUACGUGAAGUCCUCGUUGAGCGAAGUGUGACAUCAGCUCUGAACUCUGGAUUUUUGACUCCUUGCCGGGAGAGGCUUGUGGUGUCACUGGGGUUGGACUUGUUCGCAGUGAAUGAUGAGAAAUUCAUGGACAUGUUUGUGGCACCUGGUGCUAUUGAUGAUCUGCAGAACGAAAGACAGUCUCUUCAGAAACGUCAGAAAAUUCUGCAGUCUUGCUUGAAUGAGUUCAAGACGGUGGCCCGGAAACUCUGAUGACCUCCAACUGUUUUGUUUUCUGCUUUCCUUUUCUUGAGAGUGACUUCAUAUUGCGGUUAGGAAUGGCUUCACCUCUGGUGAAACAAAGAAAGUUUUAGGCAUUUAGUCAACUCCCCCCAGGAUUUUCUUACCAUUCUUGCGCCACAGUGCGACUCAUUCACCAGUCAUUUGCACUUCACAGGUUGGUAUUGAGUUGUAUAAAGAGAGGUAUUCUAUUUGACGUGCCACACUUUCCUGGGUUGAGGAACCAGAUCACUUCGGAAUGAGAUGAGCAGUGUGAGCACAGCGCACCUCUUGGCUGGUUUUUUAGUGAGGGAAUAUAUUUUAUGACAUGACGAGUUGACGAGCUUAUUCACAAUUCAAACGGUUAGGGAUGCUCUUUGGUUA